AUGACGAAAGCCACAGACAACCUGAGAUGGCAGAAAAGCGUAAACGACGACGACUACCUCGUCUCGACCAGCAAAGACCUAGUCGACCGCGCAUUCGUCCAAUCUGCGUUCGCCUCAGAAGAAACGUACUGGGCAAAGCCUCUCCCAGACGAGCAGCUCACAGUUCUACUGGACAACUCCCUGACAUUGGGUUUGUACAAAGUAAUACCUGCCGCUCCAUCUCCCAAGAGCGCAGAGACGCCAGACUCGCCACGCACCCCAUCUCCGACCAUCGCGGACGAUCCAUCCGAGCAACUACAGCAGAUCGGCAUGGCACGCUUAAUCACCGACCAUAUGACAACCGCCUACCUCACAGACGUAUACAUCUUACCGGACUACCGUACGCACGGUCUCGGCAAGUGGCUUAUAAAAUGCUGCAACGAGACCUUCGACGCUAUGCCGGCCAUGCGGAGGACUUUUCUCGUUACGAGCCCGGAGGUUGGCAAGAGGUUUUAUGGACGAGAGUUGGGGAUGUGGGAUGUUGGAGACGAGAAGGAGCAUUUGGCUUGUAUGACUAGACGGUUCUUUAGAAUGGACUGA